CCAACUGUUCCGUUUCUCAAACAGGUAUUGCUACCAGAUAAAUGAUGUGUACAGCCCUAAGCCCAAAGGUACGAAGCGGCCCAGGACUCUCAGAUAUGCAUCAGUACAGUCAGUGGCUGGCCAGCAGACAUGAAGCUAAUUUGUUGCCGAUGAAAGAAGAUCUUGCCUUGUGGUUGACAAACCUAUUAGGUAAUGAGAUAACAGCAGAAACAUUUAUGGAGAAAUUGGAUAAUGGUGCCUUGCUCUGUCAGCUUGCAGAAACCGUACAAGAGAAAUUCAAAGACAAUACUGAUGCUAAUAAGCCCGUUAAGUGCCUGCCGGUGAGGAAGAUCCCAUGCAAAGCCAGCGCGCCUUCAGGAUCCUUUUUUGCCCGAGACAACACAGCCAAUUUCUUAUCCUGGUGCCGAGAUGUAGGGGUGGAUGAAACAUGCCUCUUUGAAUCAGAAGGUUUGGUUCUCCACAAGCAGCCUAGAGAAGUGUGCCUUUGUUUGCUAGAGCUGGGCCGGAUUGCAGCCAGAUAUGGUGUGGAGCCUCCAGGUUUAAUAAAGCUGGAAAAAGAGAUUGAACAGGAAGAAACACUUUCAGCCCCUUCUCCUUCCCCUUCUCCCUCCUCAACAAAAUCUUCUGGAAAAAAGAGCACAGGAAACUUAUUGGAUGAUGCUGUGAAACAUAUUUCAGAAGAUCCCCCUUGCAAAUGCCCAAACAAGUUCUGUGUGGAACGACUCUCACAAGGAAGAUACAGAGUUGGAGAAAAGAUCCUUUUCAUUAGGAUGCUGCACAACAAGCAUGUCAUGGUCCGUGUGGGAGGAGGAUGGGAAACUUUUGCUGGCUAUUUGCUGAAACACGACCCUUGCCGCAUGCUCCAGAUCUCUCGUGUGGAUGGCAAGACCUCCCCCAUCCAGAGUAAAUCACCAACCCUUAAGGACAUGAAUCCAGAUAAUUACCUGGUGGUCUCUGCCCAUUACAAGGCCAAGAAGGAGAUUAAAUGAAGCUAGCUGGUCACUACAAGGGGACUUUCAGAGAGGCCCACAUCACUUACUUCUCCAGUGUAGUCAGAGUAGUCUGUGUGCCUUGAAAGGACUUCGGGAAAUUGAACAAACCCAGACAGACAAUGGCAUUAUGCUUGAAGGAUUGUUAAAAUUGUAGCACUAUUUAUUUCUAAAGCUUUUGUAGAAAAUGACCUUUUAGGUGGAAUGCUAAUAUCAAAUAUAGUAGCCAAGUUUUAGAUGAAUCAUUACUCUUCCAUAUGUGAACAUUAUAUGUUUAGAAAGUCUUAAAAGACCUGGUUCUAGGUAAUUACAGAACCUUGUUAAGAGGAAAAAAAACAAAAUUAAAAAAAAACACAACAAAGAACAUUUAGGGUUUAAUUAUAAGUCAAUGGAAUUUAUCUGCACUCUUUCUGACAGACUGAACAUCCUAGAUUUUUACACAUUGCAGGAUUUCUGAUCAAGCUUUAAAAAGAGAAAAGUUAGUGUGAUUGAGUAUUACUAGACAAUCAAACACCACUGUCAAUAAAUACAUUUUCCUGGAAGCCACUUCCCAUAAGUUUACAUUCACUUAGACAAUUGCCUUAAAGAUCAUCUCUAAUAUGACCAAAUACUUUGGGGCUCCUAUUGAAAGUUACCAGUAGGCCCUUUAGGGAACUGCUUGUGAAUUCUCUCACAAAAGCACAGUUAUAUAUCAAUUAAUUUAGUACAAUCCACACAAGUAAUUUUCAUGUUGAUAUUUUGACAAUAAAUUGUACAGUUGAGCCUUCUUUUGACUUCCAUGUUAUUUUAAAAUAUUUUUCUUGCCAAAGUGUGUUUCUGGAGUGAAUCCCUCUUUGCUAUGCUGUAGAGUGAAAAGUUCAUUGUGAUCGAUGAUGGCAUGGACUUACAUAUACCAUUGUAUGCUGGGGCAGAACUGGGUUUUGCUAAUAAAGAACAAAAUAAGCACCCCUCAUUGAUUCACAAAAUUAAAGAAAAAAGCUUUAAAAUAUAA